CUUUGCAUCCAUCCGUCCAUCUUUCUCCCUCUCCUCCAGUCCCACGCGGAACAUUCCCUCUCUUUGUCCAUCUCCAAUCCGCCCUUUCUAAACCUCUUCCCAUUUCCUCUCCUCCCCGCCAUCCCAUCCCCGCCGUGAGUCGUCUGCUUCUCGUCUGCUCCUCGUCGCCCGAUUCUCAAAUCCCACGGUUCUGCGACGACCAGCCCCCCUGCGCGAGCCAAUUUUCAGCGCCUCCCGACCAAGCUGCCCCGAGAGCUGCUUCAAACCAUCAGACACAAUGGCUUCGUCCACCAAGUUUUUGCGAGAGUACAAGCUCGUCGUUGUUGGCGGUGGUGGUGUCGGUAAAUCAUGCUUGACCAUCCAGUUGAUCCAGAGCCACUUCGUCGACGAGUAUGAUCCUACAAUCGAAGAUUCGUACCGAAAGCAGUGCGUCAUUGACGACGAGGUCGCUCUUCUCGACGUCCUCGAUACCGCCGGCCAGGAGGAGUACAGCGCUAUGCGAGAGCAGUACAUGCGAACCGGCGAGGGCUUCCUGCUAGUAUACUCCAUCACUUCCCGACAGAGCUUCGAGGAAAUCACCACUUUCCAGCAACAAAUCCUGCGAGUCAAGGACAAGGACUACUUCCCCAUGGUCGUUGUCGGCAACAAGUGCGAUCUGGAGAACGAGCGAGAAGUUACGCGACAAGAGGGUGAGGCGCUCGCAAGAUCUUUCGGCUGCAAGUUCAUUGAGACUUCCGCCAAGUCCCGAAUUAAUGUCGACAAGGCUUUCUACGACAUCGUGCGAGAGAUUCGGAGGUACAACCGUGAGAUGCAGGGCUACUCAACUGGGAGCGGCGGCACUUCCGGCGGAAACGGCCCCCCUAAGCCUCUCGACAUCGAUGAUGGUGACCAACAGGCUGGAUGCUGCGCCAAAUGUGUGGUUAUGUAAUGGAAAGAUCGUGCGUGAACGGAGAAGAGGCGGGGGAAGAUUUCGCAUUUGAAGGCGUGGCGAGACGUGACGAAGACGACUGGUGAGCGGAUGGUCCGUCAUGUCCCGGGCUCCAUUAAUCGCACGCCAUGU